UAAAGACGUGAACAAAGCUACGAUGAAAUGAACAAAUCCAAAGACCAAAAAGAAGAAAGAAGCGAAAGGCAUUCUUUACACACUUCUUGUACAUUCUCAACUGACCGUGCGAAAUCGCCAAUCAUGGAGUCUUCGCGGCCGCCGAUCAGAUUUGGAGUCCUCGGCUGUGCGGAAAUAGCCCGGAAGGUGUCUCGUGCCAUCCGUCUCUCUCCCAACGCCACUCUCGCUGCCGUCGGAAGCCGAACCUUCGAGAAAGCCGCGAAAUUCGCCAAAGAGAACGGUUUCCCCGAUUCCGCCAAGGUCUACGGCUCCUACGAAGCUGUCCUCGACGAUCCGGAAGUAGACGCAGUUUACAUGCCUCUCCCCACCAGCUUGCACCUCAAGUGGGCGGUUAUGGCCGCCGCGAAGAAAAAACACUUGCUGCUGGAGAAGCCGGUUGCGCUGAACGUCGAGGAGCUGGACGAGAUUCUCGAAGCUUGUGAAUCCAGCGGAGUGCAGUUCAUGGACUCCACCAUGUGGAUGCACCACCCGAGGACUGCUGCGAUGAAGGAAUUUCUCUCCGAUUCUUCCCUCUUUGGAGACCUCAAAUCCAUGUAUAGCAGCCUCACCUUUGCUGGAAGUAAGGAUUUCCUGGACAACGACAUUCGUGUGAAGCCGGACCUCGAUGCUCUCGGCGCACUCGGUGAUACUGGAUGGUAUUGCAUCAGGUCGAUCCUCUGGGCUGCUGAUAUUCACCUGCCGAAAUCUGUGGUCGCCUUACCGGGAACUGUCUUCAACAAUGCCGGUGUCAUUAUGGCCUGCAGUGCUUCUCUAAGUUGGGAAGAUGGGAAGACGGCCACUUUCCAUUGUUCGUUUUUGAGCAAUCUUACGAUGGACAUGACUGCUGUUGGCAGCAACGGCACUUUACAUCUCCGCGACUAUGUGAUUCCGUUUGAGGAGAGCAAGGCUUCGUUCUUCACGUCUGUAAAAUCAACGCCGAAUGAACUCUCCACAGGAUGGAGACAGAAACCGAGCGAGCAGAUUGUCCACACAGAACUUCCUCAGGAAGUUCUUAUGGUGACGGAGUUCUCCAGGCUUGUUGGAGGCAUCAAAUUUGACGGGGCUGCAACCGAUAAGAACUGGCCGACGCUUAGCAGGAAGACGCAGCUUGUUUUAGAUGCUGUUAAGCGUUCUAUCGAUAAAGGGGGUCAAAUUGUUGAGUUUCAGCAUCUCGGCAUGUCUGGAGGCGGCGGCAGCAUCCUAGCAUCCGGCCCCUUGCCAUUCUUGACGAUGAAAGUCAUCUCCAUCCCCCAACUCACGUGACGCUCCAAAUGGCAAUGCAGAAGCCAAACGCCUACAAAAAUCCCGAGAUGCAUCGGGUGAUAAUUCCCUCCGAGAAUACUCGUUCCUUGGAACACAAGCUCUACCUCGGAAUCGUAUUCGAGCACUCUCACCUCCGUCCCGUUUUGCGGAUGGAGAUCCUCGGCUGGACAAAUGUUAUGUUGUUGAUACUUGCUCGUAGUCGCCCACCGACCGAUCCGUUGCAGGGAGCUUCGACAGGACACUCGAAGAUGUUCACGGACAGGGUAAAGAACAGCUUGGUAUCGACUUUUACAGGGACGUCCACCGGAUGAUUGUCGCUCGCCAAGCUUCUGAACCGUCUGAUGAAAUCGAGCACUGCCGACGUGUUGUCCUUUGCCUGCAGGCUUGGCAUGACAGGGGACGACGGCGCGGUGUAAUUCCCGGCGUACUGCAAAAUCGCCGUCGUGUUGGUGUCGGAGUCGGACGCUGCAACCGAAUAUGCCCUCGAAGCCAUGUAAUACCGGGAAGGUCGCCGGUCGGCGCGGAGCAAUAAGUCCAUCGUCUGGCCUGGAGCGAUCGCGACGUAAUCCGUCGUGAACGGCUUCAAGUAGCUCCCGUCGGAGCCAACCACCGUGACGGUGUGAUCCGCUAUCCGGAAGAACAUUACGGUGUUCAUCACUGCGUUGAUCAUUCGAAGAAGAUACGUCUUCCCGGGAUCCACAGUCAGCCGGAAUGUAUCUGCAAGUAGUCGACGUCGAAAUCAGCAGCUAGAAUGAACCUGAUCGGACAGAAAUCGAGCUCGUUACCUCGACUCGAACACGGAUACAAAUCACCAGGCUGUCCAUUGAUGAGGAAAGCAUCUGAAAGUCUCGAGUCUCCUCCAGUCUCCAAGAACUCUCCGAAGACUGUUCGAAUUUCCGGGAUCCACCAUUCGCCUGCGGUUAAGGAAUUUCGGCAGCGGGUUUCGGGAAGGGGUAGUCAUUUCCCUUCCUCGGCCGGACGAUCAAUGCGCCAUUAACGGUGGCUCGAGACCAGUCGCUGUGGGCGUGCCACCACAGGGUCCCGAUCUCGUCGGAAAGCACGAUUUUCUGGCUGAAUCUCGUUCCGGGCCGGAUAGGGCAUUGGGUGAUGAAAACAGGCCCGUCCGACCACGGGUAUCGGGGCUGCUUCACUCCGUGCCUGUUUUUAGUAUUACGAUUUUCAUGAAAUGGAAUGAGUCGAACUGAGUCGAGUUUUUUUGUAAAGGAUUUGAGGUUGGUAACUACCAGUGAAUUGUUACGUUUUCGGAAGCUCGGUUGAUGACGUCGACAACGAGGGUGUCGCCUUCGGCGACGUACAACGUCGGACCGGGGAAUUGUCCGUUCACCGUUAAGAUCGUCGUAGUGUUGCACAAUCUCGUGUAGGAACUGUCCUUAAGCUGCACAAAUUAAUAGAUGUUCGUAAAUUUAAAAUA